CUCUUCUCCUUGAAUCACGACAUACUCCAUCUCUUGGCUUCAUAUAUCGACGGCACCGACGCACUCAACGUCGCGCUCGCCUCUAAGGCUGCUUACGAUUUUGCGAUCAAUCGAGUGGUCGCUGUGGUUGACUGCAACACCCCUGCUCGGCUUCGCUGGCUACAUCAAUACCUGUUGAGUCCCACCAGGAGCGGUCGACUUCGAGCGCAAUACGUCAAAGUUCUUUCUCUUCGACAUUCAACUUUCAGCAAAGAGACAGCAGAGGAAAGAAAUCUCGGUCAAAGUUGGCUUUUCUUCACCGAGGACUAUUCUCAAGCAAGCCUCGCCGCUGAUAUCCUUUUCGCGGUACAAACCUCCGAGUGCUCUGAUACAAGAUUCAAGGAUGCUUGCUGCACACCCGCCAUUGGAUCUGCCUACACUCGCUCUCUUCCUUAG